AUGUUAGGCCUUACACAAGUAACCGCUAGAGGGGGAGUUCCGUCAAUACGCAUUGCCGUAUAUAAAGUGUGUUGGUCUGGUGGAUGCAAAGAAGCAAGUAUUCUUGUCGCAUUUGAUAAUGCAACUAAAGAUUUAGUUCAUAUAUUAUCUGUAUCAAUUAGUGAAAGUGUUUCAAAAAAGAAUAUAUAUUUUAAAGAUGUAUUAUCGGUUGGAUCUUUCCAUGCCAUGAAACACGGUGUGUUGACAGUAUUUUCAUUCGGGAACGCAGGUCCAUAUCCUAAAUCCUUACAAAAUUAUCAACCUUGGACAAUUAUUGUUGGUUCUAUCACCUGGGAUAUGAAGUUUGUAACCAAAGUUAAAACAGGAAACAAUAUAACUUAUGAGACCAACUCUUUGGAUGAUAAGCUAGUAAACGGAAAAAUUGUUUUAUGGGAAGGAGAUAUAGGAGUCGCAGAAGCCUUUAGGGUAGGUAUAGUUGGUGGCUUGAUGCAAGAGCAAGCUUAUAUUGAUAUCGUUGUCUCUUUUACGUUGCCAACAUGUUAUCUUCAAUUAAAAGAUGUCGCAGAAAUACAUUGCUUUCCUACUGCAACCAUAUUUAAGACCAUUGAGCUAAAGGAUAGUUUGACAUCUGUUGUUGCCUCUUUUUCAUCAAGGGGUCCAGACAACACUACACCUGAAAUUUUGAAGUUUCGCGACUUAAUUGCUCCUACAGUUGACAUCAUGGCUAGUUGGUCUCAAAUUUCUGAUAGUAAUGGUGAGACCAAAAAGUUUAUGUUCAACAUUAUAUUGGGAACAUCAAUGGCAUGCCCUCAUGUAUCCGGAGCAACGACAAAUAUAAAGUCAUUCCAUCCUACAUGGUCACUUGUUGCUAUUUGGUCAGCUCUUAUUACAACAGUUGCACCUAUCAGUUCAAAAAAUAACCAAGAUGCAGAAUUUGCUUAUGGAGCUGGCCAAAUUGACCCUGUCAAAGUUGUUAAUCCGGGUCUAAUAUAA